AUGGCGGCGCGACUCCGCGACCCCGCCACGCUGCUCCCGUCCCUCGUCGGGGCCUCCUCCCCCCAUUCCCGCCUCCGCGAGAUCCACGCGCACCUCCUCGUCUCGGGCCGCCUCGCCUCUCCCUCCCACCACGCCGACUUCGUCGCCUCCCUCGCCUCCUCCAGCCACCUCUCCUACGCGCGCCUCCUCCUGCCCCGGCGCCCGGCCACGCUACUCGUCCACAACGGCCUCCUCCGCGCCCUCGCCCGCGGACCAUGCCCCGGCCUCGCCUUCGCGGCCUUCCGCGAGCUCCCCCUCGCGCCCGAUCACUACUCGUUCACCUUCCUCGUCCGCGCCGCGACCUCCCUGGCCGCCGCCGCCUCCUCGGCGACGCCCGUGCCCACCGAUGUCGCCGUGAGCCUGCUCGCUGGUUCCGUGCACGCGGCGGCGUUCCGCCACGGCCAUGCAGCGGACCUGCACGUCCAGAGCGGCGCCGUAUCCAUGUACGCGGCGGUCGGGGACGUGGGCGCCGUGCGGGCCGCCUUCGCGGAGAUCAUGAGCCCGGACGUGGUGUGCGUCACUGCUAUGUUGGGCGCUCUCUCAGCCGGAGGCGAUGUUGACACUGCGCGCGAGCUGUUUGACAGAAUGCCGCAGCAGGACCAUGUCGCCUGGAACGCCAUGCUCACAGGUUAUGUGCGCGUGGGCAGGGCAAGGGAAGCCUUGGGGCUGUUCGACGAAAUGCAGAAGGCUGGGGUUUCUGUCGGUGAGGCGACUCUGGUGUCAGUGCUCACUGCCUGUGCACAGAUGGGUGCACUAGAACGUGGCAUGUGGGUGCACUCCUAUGUGUGCAGCCGAGGGAUGCGGGUUUCGGUCACACUGGGCACUGCUUUGCUGGAUAUGUAUUCCAAGUGUGGAGUUGUCACGAUGGCGAUGGAGGUGUUCGAGAGCAUGACCGAAAGGAACAUCUACACCUGGACCAGCGCACUGAGCGGCCUCGCGAUGAAUGGCAUGGGGGAGGAGUGUCUUGAGCUGUUCAAGCGUAUGGAGAGCACAGGCAUGGAGCCUAAUGGUGUCACAUUUGUCGCGGUGCUCCGUGGAUGCUCCGUGGCUGGGUUGGUAGAAGAGGGACGAGCAUGCUUUGAUUCGAUGAAGGAUAAGCACAAAGCUGAGCCUUGGCUUGAGCACUACGGCUGCAUGGUUGAUUUGUAUGGUCGAGCAGGGUGUCUGGAUGAUGCUGUCAAUUUCAUCAAUUCUAUGCCAGUGGAGCCACAUGAAGGUGUCUGGGGAGCACUACUCAACGCUUCUCGGAUUCACAACAACGCCGAUCUGGGCAAACACGCAAUGUACAAGCUCACGAAGAUUGAGUCCAAAAAUGAUGCGGCUCACGUGUUGCUGUCUAAUAUAUACGCGGAGUCGCACAACUGGAAGGGCGUCAGCAAAGUUCGGAACAUGAUGAAGUCCAAGGGAGUGAAAAAGGUGCCUGGGUGUAGUGCCAUUGAGGUUGAUGGCAAGGUGCAUGAGUUCUUCGUCGGGAGCAAGUCUCACCCCAGAUACAAGGAUAUCGAGACCAUGCUUGCAGGUAUGAGCCAUAAGCUGAGAUUGCAAGGGUACACCGCAAACACAAAAGAGGUAUUAUUCGAUAUCGAGGAAGAGGAGAAAGAAGGUGCGAUCUCCUUGCACAGUGAGAAGCUUGCCCUCGCCUUCGGUCUUAUCACGUUGCCAGAAGGCACGGUGAUCAGGAUCGUGAAGAACUUGAGAGUGUGCAAGGACUGCCAUGAUUAUACCAAGAUGAUAUCUAAGGUCUUCGACAGGGAGAUUGUUAUGAGAGAUAGGAAUAGGUUUCACCAUUUCAAGCAUGGCGCGUGCUCCUGUAGGGAUUACUGGUGAUUUUGUUGUGUAACUGUUCCCGUGCAAAUUUUGAUGAUCCAUUCGCAAUCAAUGAUUCAAAGGUAGCACUCAGAUCCAUCUGCGAGAAUAAGAGUAGAGAUAUUUUCCUCCCUGCAUCCCGCCACAAACUAAUAUAGUUCAAAAGGAAAAAGAGUAUACAGGAUGAUCUGUCUGGCAAAGGGCUGACAGGUUUUGAGCGCGUUCCUACACAGGCAAAAGAGGCUGGGAAGAACUUCAACAUAUAUAUAGUUCAGGUACCAUGGCAUAUCUUGGUACAUCCGGCUUUCAUCAUGUCUCAAGUAAAGAAGAAAGGGCGGUAAGCUGUGGUGCCACGAGUUUGCCUGAGCAAAUGAUAUGCCAAUCAGGGGAAUCCAGCGGGAACAAGAAAGCUACACCAGCCAAAAUGCCAAACUGGCAGGUGUACAGUACAGCCGCAGCUGGCAUCCCACGCCAGAGCUUCGUGAUCUUCGUCAGGCCAGGCAGCAAAGCAAAGCCAUGAUACAGGCAGAUAGGAAACCAGUAUUUUGAUAACUGUAUUUAGCACUGGUAGAGGAGAGAAGGAGAGAAGAAGUAAUUUAGCAGUUAAAUUUCUCGCUAAAGCACCAUCAAGGGUCAGUGAACGAAAUCUUCACAGAAACAGAGCGCACACCAGUUUGUUCGGCUAUAUUUAUUCAUGCACACUUGCUACAAGCAAAAAUGCCACACUGGCAAACCGCGUAGUGUAUAUGCUAAACAUAAGGUCAAAUAUAAGUGAUCUAUAAUAAGA